CCAAAAAAAUCUCUGCAACAUUCUCUCGAGGCUUCUCCAACAUUCAGCUGCUCCCUUCAAGAUUCUGCUGCAAUACGCCCAGCAAGCCUGAUCCAAAAUCCCGUUGACCGCUUGAAGUGAUUCUUCUUCAUCUGAGACAAAGAAUGAGAGGAGAGGUUAGGCCAAUUACAAGGUCUUUCUACAAAUAGUUCCCACCUUCAGAAAGGAAGAAAAAAAGUAUUUACCCAUAUGGAUUUUAUGAAAUGAAGGCAGAUCUGAUGCAAGCAGGUGAUGAGAGUUUAACUGAAAACAUAAAGAGACUCAGACAGUGAGGGCACAAUGAAAAGACACGAGUGAAAUCAUGAGACAAAAAGUGAGGGUUGUCCCUACUAGUAACAAAGUUUGUUGAAAGUUAGUUAAAUUGAUGUUCUUCGUAAGUAUCGAAACCAGAACAAAACAUAUAAAAAAAUAAAAAUAAAAAAGGAGAAAUCAAUAAAACAUCUCUCCCUCUCUCUCUACCAUCUCUUCUUCGUCGUGCUUCCUCGGUUACAUCGUCAAACUGCAUUUUCAUCCUAUCUCAACAAUGGCGUCACUGUCGAUAGUACCUUACGCCAAGAUCUCUGCUCCUAACCGCCGGGUCGGAUCUAUCCCUGGCAUCCGACGGCAGCCUCAACCCAGUGGGAUCUCUUUUCACGUCUCCCAUGUAUCUCAGACUCAAUCUACAGUGUGGAGGUUGCAUGCUGCAACCAACGAGAAGGUUGUCUCUAACUCUACACCAGUGACUAACGGUGGGUGUUUGAACGGAAACGUCAAGACCAAUGUCCCUGAACCCGCCGCCGAGCUCUCUGACUUUAUGUCUAAAGUCUCUAGUCUUCUUAAGCUUGUGGAUUCUAGAGAUAUAGUGGAACUUGAGCUGAAGCAGCUCGACUGUGAGAUUGUUAUUCGAAAGAAAGAAGCCUUGCAGCAACAAGCUACACAGCCACCAGCUCCAGUUUAUCACUCGAUGAUGCCUCCUCCUCCAAUGGCAGGCCUUCCAAUGCCUCCAUCUCCACCAGUGUCUCUUCCUGCUCCCUCCUCAGCUCCUGCAACAGAAAAACCAGCAACUGCGCCAUCAUUUUCUCAUCCACCACUGAAGAGUCCUAUGGCUGGUACUUUCUACAGAUCUCCUGGACCCGGUGAACCCCCUUUUGUCAAGGUUGGAGAUAAGGUGCAGAAGGGUCAAGUUGUUUGCAUUAUUGAAGCUAUGAAACUGAUGAACGAGAUUGAGGCUGAGAAGUCAGGAACCAUCACCGAGUUACUGGCUGAAGAUGGAAAACCGGUCAGCGUUGAUACGCCUCUGUUUACCAUCGUUACUUGAAAUGAAGAAGCUGUCAUUUUAGCUGGUUCAGAGCACCUACUUCAAACUCUUGGUUUAGCUAUACCAACGUGCUGACAAUCGUUAAAAAGUAAUUAUUUCUGUCAGGCUGGUUUGGUUAUGGUUGUCUUUUUUUUUAUUAAAAAAAACUUUCUGAACUGUCACCUUCUGUUGAGAAUCACGUAACAUAUCAGUGUAUGCAUGUCUUUUGAGAAAUUAGACAAAUUAAUUUACUUUGUAGUAUGCUGUACUUUAUGGUUUUCCCUUGAUAAGAAAUGUUGUGUUGGGAUAAUA